AUGGCGUCCAGUAGGGCGGCGCUUUCGUCGUCUCAAUUCACUCCAACUCAACCGAGGCUUCAUGGUGCCUGUAUUCUUCCCGGACACAUUCUUGUCAAUGAAAGAUUUCAUGAAAGUGACGUUGUGAAAACCCUACAAGAAAAUCAUGUGAACAUUCAAAUGGAUGACUGCAUGGGAGUGGUGGAUUUCAACCCAUCAUCAGAUGUUGGUGUGGUUUAUCUCUCUGAAGCAGAUCUGGUUGGUGGAUACAAUUACAAAGAGAAACUGCUCAAAUUUGGAAAGGCAUCAUUCAGAAAAGUAAUAAUUGCUGAAAAGACAUCACUUAGCUCUCAGUACUUUUAUGAACUUCAGAAGUUCAUUGUAAUGGAGAGAGGACUGGUACUUCUUCCUGUAGCAUCACCUGUUGAAGCUGGCAGAAUCUUAGCUCAAAUGGUUUUGUUGGAAAGUAAACCCCAAAGCAACCCUUACCGCAUUAAGAUGAAACCACAAGCCACAGAUCAAGCUGUACUUACAACUCUACAGAAUGUACCAGGAGUAGGACAGAAAAAAGCUGUGGCCUUAUUAUCUAAAUUCAACAGUAUUGAACAAAUCUGUAAAGCUUCAGUUGCAUCUCUUGCCACUGUGGUGGGUAAUGCAAAUGCGCUGCAAAUAAAAGACUUUUUUUCAGCUACAAAUGCAAGGAAACAAUAGGAGAAAUAGUGUAGUGUAGGUUUUGGAAUAAAACAAGAUUUAGAAGAAGGCUGAAGAAUUUUGUAAAGAGAAUGUUUAUUCUUGUGUGAUCAAUCAUCUUUAUCUAAUAAAAAUCAUCACAAACUGGUUACCCCCAACAAAACAGACUUUGCAUUCAGUAAGUUCAUUCAUAGCUCACAAAAGUAGGCAAGAAGAAAAAAUUCUAUGUGGCAAGCUUCAAAGUUUUGAUUGUUUCUUUUCUUGGUCAUACAAUCAUAUAGACAAUUGCCUAAAGAAAAAACUUAUUGUGUAAAAUAAAAUAGAGUUAACCCUUUAACUCUCAAGCUGCUACACAUUUUCUUGUAAAUUAUUUCCAAGAAUUUGGUAUUAGAUCAAGAUAACAAAUUCUAUCUGAUAAGUUUGAGUAUUCUCAUUACCUGUUUGCUGGAUAAUGAAUGAUAUUAUAGUGAGAAGUUACAUGUUAAUCACUACUGGGAGUUAAAGUUAACAGUGAUGUAGGUUUGGAACCAGUUGUGAUGUAUAUUGUUUGAGUAGACAUUGGGAGGACAAUUGAAACAGAAGAAUAUCAUCACAAUGUUCACUAGGACAUACAGUAGGUGAGAUAGAUUACAGCCGAAACUAAAAUUAAUGCUGUAACAUUUAUUAUAAAAUAAAUGAAAUACCAAUUGCACUCUCAUUGGUUGAUAGUUGUGUUAAAAUGAAAGUAAGUUUAAAAUGUGAAGAAGUUUUGGGAUUGUAUUUAUUUUUGAGCAACUUGAUAUUUUGUAAAAGCAAAGGAAGACUUUUUAUGUGUUUACGUAGCUCCAUCUAUGCACUCAUGGAGGCCAGGAGAACCCCUUUAACCCUAAAAAGCAUCCAAUUUCUCCAUACAACAUCACCCCUGAACCAUGCAUUUAGGUCACAAGAAUAGAGGGAAUGAUCACCAACUAAAGAAGCUCCUGAUUGUCAAACAAAUUCUCCUUGUUAGCAACAAUAUUGAGAAUAUGCUUACUGAUGUUAAGUGUAGAGGGCUAAGUUAA